AUCGAGUUUUCAUUCCUACUUUGCGCUCUGCAGAAGAGUUCAUCUUCCCACAAGCUGGCCACAGCUACGAUACGCCAGAGUUAAUAGUCAACACAGAUCAUAUCACGAUGACGGCGCUCGAAAACACCAACAUGCCGAAGCUCAAGCUCGUUGCCAAGGGCAAGGUCAGGGACAUUUACGCCUUGCCCGAUGAGGCAGACUCGGACAAGCUGCUGUUCGUUGCAACAGACAGGAUCAGCGCCUUUGACAUCAUUAUGGACAACGGUAUCCCGAACAAGGGUUCUCUCUUGACCACCCUCUCCCUUUUCUGGUUCGACAAGCUUUCCAAGAUUCUGCCUCAUCAUGUGCUUGCGCCAGCACCUUCAACAUGCUGGAACGAAGAAGGAGACCGAAAUAAGGCGGAUGAGGCAUGGCAGAGCUUCCCGAGAAGUCUGGACGAAUAUCGAGAUCAACUCGAAGGGAGGAGCAUGAUCGUUCGCAAGUGCGAGGUGAUCAAGGUGGAGGCUAUCGUCAGAGGUUACAUCACUGGGUCCGCCUGGAACGAAUACAAAAAGUCUCAGACCGUCCACGGGAUCCCUAUGCCCGCCGGUUUGAAGGAAUCCGACAAGUUCCCCCAGCCAAUCUUCACUCCUUCGACCAAGGCUGACCAAGGCGAGCAUGACGAGAACAUCCACCCUGACAAGGUCAAGGAUAUCUGUGGAGAAGAAUUGGCUGCUGAAGUCAGCCGGGUUGCCGUCGAACUCUACACCGAAGCUGCGACGCACGCCGAAGCUCGAGGAGUCAUCCUUGCGGAUACCAAGUUCGAAUUCGGACUGCUACCAGCAACCUCAGAAUCUCAAUCGCUCUCAUCGAGACUCAUCCUGAUUGACGAGGUCCUGACCCCCGAUUCGUCCCGAUACUGGGCAGCCGAUACCUAUGCGACCGGACGAGGUCAGGACUCCUUCGACAAGCAAUACGUUCGAGACUGGCUCAUUAGCGAGAACAAGAAGAACGUCGAGAACGUCAGACUGCCGGAAGAGGUUGUCAAGAAGACGGAGCAGAAGUACAGGGAAGCUAAAGAGAGGAUCAUGGGGCAAGGGAAGUGGGCAUGAUGUGUAUUCGGUUGUACAGCAGUAAUUCGACAGAAUUCGAAUAUGAUGACGGGAGGAUAUUUCGAAAUUUUGCUUCCGGGACCGAGAGGGCGAACCUCGAGGCUGUCGACCAGCUAUCAGCUACAGAUUCGAAUGCUUCCAUGUACAAGUGAUGAACGAAUUGAAACGAA